AUGAAUUAUCAAUCACUUAUAAUUCUUAGCAAAUUGAUGAAAACUUCACCGACAAAAGCUACGAUUAACGGAGACAGGAAAACAAUGAUUAUUUUUGAUCAGACUAUAACCUCGAUAGUAAAUGAUAGUCAAGGGAUGAUGCAGAUUAGAGAUUGGGAACAAGAAAUCAUUGACUCGUUAAACGACUGGCAAGAAGACGAUGCAGACAAUGCACAAUGA